ACUGGAAAAUUCUUACAAAAACUUACUGGAUUUGACUGGAAAUGAGUAAACAAACACAACUAUUGAAAUAAGGAACUUCUGAAUGUACCUGGAGUUCUUGCUGCUUGCCGAAAACCGAUCAACGAAGGAAAUCCAUCCAUUAAAAUUGUAUCCUUCUAAAGGAAGGGUGAAGUGAAUGAAAUUAAUUCCAAACUUAAUACGCUAACACCAUGCCAUUCAGCCGUAAAGGCAAGGCUAAUGAUCGACGAGCGCUGAUCGAAAAUGACCAGAUUCUAUACCGGGGAAAUGCUAUUGACGACGGUGAUUCCGUAAAUGAUAGCUUUAACCUGAGCUCCGACUAUAGCGAUGAAGAUGACAUUAAUUGUAUGCCUGUUAUACUGCCACCAAUGGAAAACAAAGAGGCCUCUGCAAUAGUACAAAUGUAUAGCCAAGUAUCCAAUGCACCACCAGAUCGCUUCAACUUCACAUACGCUGUAUUUUACUUGUUGGGAAUAGCUACAAUGACUCCAUGGAAUUUCUUCAUAACAGCAGAGGAUGUAAGUUAAAAUUUAAUGAUAGAAAAACAAAGGGGUUGACUUUAGUGUACGUCGACAUGUGUGUGUUUUAGCAAAUCAGUCGCGAAUUUUCUCAUGAAACUAUUUUUUUUUUUUGGGGGUUUUGCGCAGUUUGGCUGGUUUUCACCACCGCCAGGUUAUUCCUCUGCUUUUAAUAUAUGUAUGUCUCUGUUUGUUUUAUUCCAAUGAUGUGUCCAAACGUCGCUCCACUGAUACACAAUGGUAAUACCGCUGAGGGCCAGAACCACGUGCAAAAGUUUCUGCUUAUAUAUGUAUCAUACGUCUUAUUCCUUUCAAUUCUUUAUGUUAGUUAUUAUGUUAGUUAUGUCAGAAUGUAUUAUUCAGAUUAAAAAUUUAAAUGAGUGGGACCUAGCUCCUCAUGACGCCAGGUUAUUCCUCCAAUUUGGUAAUUUAUAGAAUUUUAAUGGAAAUGAACUAUGCCCUCAUCGUGCAAGGUUAUUCCUCCAAUUUCAUAAUUUUAUAAUUAUUCGUCAAAUUAUAUU